AUGGGUGGACUUAAAGGAUCCAUCAUUGCCGCCAUGGCGCUGCUGCUCGCCUGUGCCGCCCCAGCCACUGCCAAUGUGAAUGUCACAGCCCUGUGCCUCCUGGUCAACAAUGGCGUCUACGUGGCCAGCCAGACGGAUUGCACCACGUACUACCAGUGCCUGGGAACGGGUCCCACUGCCAUGUCCUGCCCCACCGGCUACUACUUCGACAAGAAUGCACAGCAAUGCUCUAGCACCGUUCCGAGCACUUGCACCGUCAGCAGCAAUCCCUGCCAGGGCAAGGCGGUGGGCACCUUUGCUCCAUCCAGUUCCACCUGCGGCGGCUACUACUAUUGCGGCGCCUCUGGAGCCGUGAGCGGUCGUUGUCCCAGCGGAGAGAACUUCAAUCCCACCACCAUGGCCUGCGUGUACUCGAACCAGUAUCCUUGCCAGGAUUCUCCUUCCACUGAAAGCGGCAGCGGCGGCACCGUCACCUCUUCGGUGGCCCUGAAUCUGUGCAAUCUUGUCGAGAACGGCAUGUACUUUGGCAGCCCCACCAGCUGCUCCGGCUGGAACUACUGCCAGGACAAUGUCCUGCACUCGGGCACCUGCGAAACCGGAAAGUAUUUCAAUGUGCAGCAGAAGAACUGCGGCUACCAGCAGUCCACCUCCUGCUCCCAGGUCACCAACGAUCCCUCGCUGACGGGCGUCACAAUUCCGACCACCUGCACCCAGGCGGGCACCUUCAAGGCGGCCACCGCCUGCAAUCAGUACUACUUCUGCAAUCCCAGUCUUAACUACCAGCUGAUGACCUGCCAGACGGGCUACUUCUAUGACACCAUCUCACAGAUGUGCGUGGUAAGGACCCAGGCGAGGAACGACUGCGAUCGAUGCGUCGGCACCUCGGCCUCCUUUGUGAACGCCUAUUCGACCAGCAACUGCUCCGAUUACCUCUACUGCGUCAAUGGUGUCCAGAAGGCUGUGGAAACCUGUCCCAUUAACUACUAUUUCAACGAGAACACUGGCAGCUGCUCCAACUCCGUGGAGCCGCCGUUCCUGUGCUGCAAUCCCACGCUCAGCACGGGAGAGGCCACCACCAGCGGCACCACUGCAACUACUGCUGGAACCACAGCCAAGUCUGAUGGCACCACCGCCACAACGGAUGCCACCACCUCUACCACUGCAGCGAAAUAA